AUGCUACGUCGCACAGCCCGUUUUGCUCGCACACCUGUCAGUGCCUUUCUACACGAGCCGUCGCAGCGAAAGACGUUUGAUGAAACCUUAGCGCAAUGCAGCGCAAAUGGGACGGAUAUGGCGAGCGGCCUGACGUCCGACUUUGCCUCUCUGCAGUCCAAGUUGCUGAAGUAUCGAAUCGUUCGUCUGCGCGACGAGCUGCAGUACGUGCGGCACCAUCCUUUUAAUAGUAUGCCUUCUUUCUUUGGCCUGUUAAAGCAUACUGUGUUACUGACGCUAGUAUUUUUGAUCUUCCGGAACAUCGCCCGUCUCUCACUCUCGCCGUUGGAGGAGCCACCCACAGACUCUGCCGUCACAACAACGCCAGAAACGACGGAUAUGAAUGCGCCGCCACAAAAAAAAAAAGGUAAUAAUCAGACAAAAUAA